AGGCAACCCAAGAAGACUUCCACAUCGUGUAUGCCUGCUAUAUAAGACCAUAUGGAGAUUGUUGGCAGCGGUCAACUAUGACCUACGAGUUCUCUUCUAUUGUCUGCUCCGUAUACCCAUUUGGGAACGAAGGAAUGAGGGUGACCAUUCACCUACCAUAGUGUAUGUGGAGAAAGACGGAAUAAAGGGAGUUAUAUACCCUGAAGAUUGGGACGAUAAUGACGCCAAGGUCAUGUGUCAACAGCAGGGUUAUAAAACAGGUGUAGCCCUCGGGCCCAAGUAUACAGAUCCAAGUUACCCAUACUGGAUGUCAAGCGUGCAAUGUGCUGGAACAGAAGGACACAUUGAAAAUUGUACCUUUGAAGAAAAACCUCCUCUUUGGAAAGCAUUCUCAUUCAGGGACUUUCGCAGCGCGGCACAAGUGCAUUGUACAAAUGGCACAGGUGUCGAUAUACAACUUGAUGCAGGAACAUCGCCAAACUCAGGAAUGGUGAAGGUUUCUGUUAGCGGGGAGUGGGGCGUUAUCUGCGAUAGAAACUGGACUAAUAUGGAUGCGAGGGUAGCCUGUCGGCACUUGGGCUUUUAUGACGGUCUUGCUGGUACCAAUGUUAACAAAUCAUUAGGAAAAGGUCGUUUGUGGUUGCACAACAUAGAAUGCAGCGGUGAAGAAAAGUCUAUAUUCUCCUGUCCGGGAAGUUUUAAUGUUACGAAUCAACAAUACUAUGAUAAGUGCAUGGCGUAUGUUUUCUGUACGGAAAAAGUUCGACUUCAACCCAAUGUGACAUUUGGCGCUGUUCAAGUAUGGGACAGAGACAACUAUCAUCUUGCGUGUGCAGAAGGUUUUGAUAAACUUGCUGCUCAAGCAGUGUGUCGAUCCCUUGGGUUCGCUUAUGGAACAAGCAUAUGUUGCUCCGCUUUGGGACAAAUGGAAUACGAUAUUGUAUAUAGCAAUUUCAAAUGUACUGGUAUCGAGUCAAACCUACUCGAAUGCGAUUAUGUUAAAUACUUUCCCAACUGCACCAGUGGACAUUACGCUUCUGUAGCCUGCUCGAACCAUCUGGAAAAUGAAGAUUAUGAAUUAAAGAUCCAUACAUCUGGAAAAGUUAUCAUAAGACAUUUUGAUAAUUCGGGCUUUAUCUGCGCUAAUGGUUUUGAUGAUGCAGCAGCGACAGUAAUUUGCAGAGAGAAGGGAUAUAAAGGUGGAUCUGCAUAUUACCAUUCCAGAAAUACUAAAUAUAGCACCGUCCCACUUUUAGGUGUUCCAUGGUUAGCAAACAUUGCGUGCAAUGGAACCGAAUACUAUCUUGGACAAUGUCAAAAAGACAAAUGGGGCUCAGUUGGGACUUGCGAUGAGAACAGAAUACCUGCAGUUUACUGUUACAACCAAACGGGUUUCGUUUUUUCUCUUGUAAAUGAAACAGAUAAUGGUAAUGGACUUGUUGUGUUCACGGUAGAUGAUAAAAGCGGUGCGAUAUGUGUACGCGAUUCCGUUUUUGGAGAACGACAAAAACUUGCAGCCAUUGUAUGUAAACAGCUUGGCUAUGGAAACGGCAGCCUGCUUUUAAAUGGUACUGAAGCUGAGAAUGACGUCGUCGGAAUGGAAAAAUUUCCUGGAAAGUUGGAUAUGUUUAUAACCAAGGUCGAGUGUACCGGAAACGAAAGCAGUAUAACGGAGUGCACGUUUAGGAUUGUAGAAGACUGGUCGACGUUCACUGAAGAUUGGAUAUCGAUAACAACAGAUGGAUGUCACAACUGGUCUUGUAUGAGAGAACGAACCUACAACCGAAUGUAUGCGAUAGAAAAAGAACUCUCGUGUUGGGGAGGAAAACGACGUUUAGCUGUCAAAUGUUUCCUUUAAAACCGUGUAAAUUACGAAAAGCUAAGCAUACAUAAUAUAUAUAGCAAUUGAUAAACAAUACUAUGACCUUAUAUUUAUUGCUAUUACACGACAGAAAAAUGUAAAAUUUUGUCAGAUAAGCCAAAUGAUUAAAAUACUUGGAAAUAUAAUUUGUAAUUUCCGAUAAUGAGAACAUACUAAUAAAACAAGAAAUUUGUUUUUUA